AUGAUUACUCCUGGAAUUCUUGGCCUAAACACUCUCGACGCUCGACACCAGCAUUUAUUGACACUUGACUCUCACAAGAACUAUUACAACCUUCCCUGUGGACUUCCUGCGGAGCUCUGGAAUAUUAUUUUGGAUCACUUGUACGACGAUAGAGAUACCCUCCUGUCAUGUCUUCUUACAUGCCGUGCAUGGGGUGACUUUUGUCGAUAUCACAUCUACGAGAUAUUCACCUGGAGCGCCAUAGACAAAUUCGAUGAAAAUGGCCGCUCAGAGUUCCACCCUUUUCCUCAUUAUGUUCGACAUCUGGCCAUCAGCGGGGGUUUCCUCGAUGACGACGUCGGAAGCUCGGACACUGAGUGGUUAUUGCCGCUGGCUCGGCGACUAGAUCAAUUUGUGUCCGUCGUACACUUAGAGGUCGAUUCAAUUGACUGGGAUGAAGUAUUUGGAUCCCCCGCCUGGGACACGUUCAUCUCCGCCACUGCUUUCCUCUCCAACAUAAAAAGUCUAGAUUUCAGCAAUAUUCCUCUGCAACCGUUCCAGCACAUUCUUGACAGCAUUUGUCUGUUCCCCUCCUUAGAAAAACUUGACUAUUUACCGUCACAUGUUGAUUUUGACGAAGAGAUCCUCGAUUUCCAGUGUUAUAUCCCUUCAAGCUCCUGGCAUGCAUUUUCCACAGAACACAGUCCAUUACAAUUGCCCACAGUUGGCUUUUGGACCUGGCUUUCCGCUAUUGCAUUUGCGUCCCUUCAAACAAUUCGCUUGGAUAGCGUACCUACGUCGGAUCUUCUAUCCUUGUCCCAUUACUUGCGUCUCCUUGGAGCGUCCUUGAAGGACUUUCGUAUCCGGUUCAUAACACCGCAUGAUAUUUAUGAAUUCGCCCAAUCGAACGCACUAACCAACAGUCAUGGUCUAAAACGACUAGAACUGGUCGGAAUCAUUCGUCAGUAUUCUGAUGACCGGUACUGGGUUGGGGAGGAAUCGUUAUACCUCCUCAACGUGUUGCCUGGUACCUCACUUUCUGGCCUUGACCUUGUUUUGGAUGGAACAUCUCGUCGAAUAGCGGAUUCCGUACCAUCUCGUUUGUGUGUUUUAGACAAACUUCUUGCAACAUCGGAAAGGUUUCCGGCGUUGAAGGACGUGCAUUUGAGGAGGAAGGGAUUAGUCACGGUAUCUACUUCAAUGUUUGAUGUUUCCUUGUUAGCGAUAGUCAAAGAUGUGGUCGUUCAUCAGAUAAAUCAGUAA